AUGGUUGUCCUUCUCGGAGCGUUCACGAAGCCAAAAGACGAACUCUACGCCGUCGAAGGCAACAAAAGCAUCCUGCAUGAAGAUGACAUGUUUUGCAGAAAGAAUGACCAGUACUAUCACGUUGGUAUUUUUAUCUGGUCUUUAAAUCUUAUUGGUAUUAUCUUGGGAGAAUUUGUGAACCGGUCGUGUCUGAUGUUUGAAGAAUAUUUUCAUUUGUAUACUCGGUAUGGUGGUAGCAAGAGGAAAAUGUUUUAUGCAUGUUUCAGUGAUAUUUCAUUCAGAGCUGUGUUCUUUGCGACAUUGGUCGCAUUCGUUAUCAUUGGCUCCACUCUACUCUCUCAAGGAACGAAAUAUUUCAAGUUUGAGUACAUUGAGAUCAUCCUAAGCGGUGUUGGAAGCAGUACUCUUGUAUUGUAUCUUCUCAGUUUGGAUACUUUAUCUCGUGCGCAAGUAUCCUCUUUGAUGGAAAAUAACAACAGACUUGUCGCGAACGGCUUCGCAUGGUCUUAUUACUUCGGUUACUUGAAAAUAAUUCUGCCAGAAUUACAUAAACGAAUUGCAGACUCGGAGUGGAAAGACGCCCUGUCUUCAAACAAAUUGUUUAUCUUAAUGCCUCGAGACUGUUGGGCCUAUAGAAAGUUGUCAGAAGAAGCAGAAGAUGGGAAGAUUGAACUUGUUGAAGGUGGAGUGAUUGAAUUUGAUGUUACAAGAGCAGGAAUUGAUAAAAGAGUAUAUCGGAAUAAUGUUUACAAGAUAACCAUUGAUGGUUGUGAGCCUCUUCACGUCUUGGCUGAGUACGCAACACCGCUGUGCUCAAUGGACGACAUGAGCCAUUCAGCCCAGGCGAAUCUCAGCAUAGAAGACCGGGACGAAGAAGCCAAGUUGUUUGUACGCACGCUCGAAGCGAUCCUGAGGAAUCCUUGUGUGCCUGAAGUGCGGAAUAAAUGUAAGUUAGUGCCGUAUGCAAGACGCCCGGAUGUGUCUCUUUCCGAGAUCUUGACUGAUGCUGUUUUGAAUGAUAUGGACGAAAAUAGUUAUUUGGACAGUCUCGAUGGAAUUGUGGAAGAAAAUACAUUUUGA